AAUGGCCGAGUUUUACUUUUGCACAUCAUCUUCAAUCAAAAGCCACGAACUGUCUUCUUUUAAUGCAAUACAAAAAGCCCACCAUUGCAAAAGCUUCAAAGGUGGUAUAACUUUCUUAGACAAGGCACUAGUCAAAAAAAUGACCACCCUUUUUAAGUAUUUUGUACUAUAUGUAGCACUAGCACAUAAACUUUACGAUGUUAUCCUUGCACUAUAUUUCUUAGGUCUUGCAUAUCAAAAGGACAAAUGGGGUUGUUUUCUCUGAUUUGAAUUACAUAUAUCUGAGAACCCCUUUGGUCCUUGAACCGCUAGAUUUUGUUGAGCUUUUCAAAAACACAUACCCUGAGUGUUUAAACCGUGUGGUUAAAGCCAAUUUGAUACUGUCAUGCAUGAAAUAAAGUGGCGGGUUUCUAGUUUGAAGCCAUUCGACUUCAUGGAAGUUAAAGUUUCGAGACACAAGCGUUCUAUGAGUGAUCCAAUUAAAAGAAAACUCAAGGAAGACAAAUCAAAUAGCAUCUCUGAAUCUCCUUAUCGAGUUAAGAUGGAAUUCGGACAACCUAAGGCCUGUAUUGAAGCCAAGAAGAAACAACCCCCUAACAGUGACAUUCAAAGUUCCUUGAAGCAAGAGGUUCUGCAGCUUCAAAGACGAUUACAUGACCAAUUUGUGGUACGGCGAGUAUUAGAGAAGGCAUUAAGUUAUCGGCCUCUUUCACAUGAUGCUAUGAUAGAUAACUCAGUCCCCAAGCCUGCCCAAGAACUGAUCAAGGAAAUUGCAGUGUUAGAACUAGAAGUUGUGUAUUUGGAACAGUAUCUUCUUUCUUUGUAUCGGAACAAAUUUGAUCAACAAAAAUCAUGUGUGUCAAUCGUGGAGGGAAGAUUGAACAAAGAAAGGUUUCGAAAGGUACCUGAAUAUGAUAUUAUGUCAGAGAAAGAAGAUCCAGUCACCCACUCCACUCAUCAUACGUUGCCUCAAAAUUCAAUUGGCAAUCCACCACAGGAGUGCAAUGACAUUUGGGGGACACAAAAGCAGCUGGAUUCUAGUAUUCAUCGCAGCCACUCAUCACUUUCUCAGCGUUCAGCUUGUUUAUCUAGAACUUCUCCUCCUAUGAAAUUUUUAAAUAAAGGUGUAGGCUCGUACCAUUCCCUACCUUUGUCAAUGCUGGAGCAAGCUCAGACUACUACUUCCAGUGUAAGUUUGGCGGAGCAUCUUGGGACCUGUAUCUCAAAUCAUAUACCAGAGACACCAAACUGGCUUUCUGAGGAGAUGAUUAAGUGUAUUUCAGCCAUAUAUUGUGAACUUGCAGACCCACCUUUGAUCAAUCAUGACUACCCUUCUUCCCCUAUUGCAUUAUCAUCAUCACUAAAUGAAUAUUCUUCACAAGGUCAGAGUGAUAAGUGGAGCUCACAGUGCAAGAAUUUUUCAUCAUUCAAUUCAAACUUUGAUAACCCUUUCCACAUUGAGGGAUCAAAAGAGUUCAGUGGACCUUACUGCACCAUGGCAAAGGUGCAGCUGAUAUGUAGAGAUCGUCAGAAGUUAAGAGAAAUUGAAUACAUGCUACGAAGAUUUAGGUCACUUGUUUCUCAAUUGGAAGAAGUUGAUCCUAGAAAGAUGAAACAUGAGGAGAAGCUAGCCUUUUGGAUUAAUGUCCACAAUGCACUAAUAAUGCAUGCAUUUUUGGUCUAUGGGAUUCCACAGAAUAAUCUUAAAAGAAUGUCUGUACUACUUAAGGCUGCAUAUAAUAUUGGGGGUCACACCGUAAGUGUAGACAUGAUACAAAGCUCUAUCCUGGGAUGUCGAUUGCCUCGUCCAGGACAAUGGUUGUGGCUGUUGUUUGCCUCAAAGACAAAAUUCAAGGUUGGAGAUGCACGGAAAGCAUAUGCAAUUGAGCACCCUGAACCUCUUCUACAUUUUGCACUUUGUUCAGGAAGCUAUUCUGAUCCUGCGGUCCGCAUAUACACUUCCAAGAGAGUAUUUGAGGAGCUGGAAGUUGCGAAAGAAGAGUACAUUCAAUCAACCUUCAGCAUACGUAAGGAUCAGAAAAUCCUUCUACCAAAGAUAGUGGAGUCUUUUGCAAAGGAUUCAGGUUUGUGCUCAGGUGAUUUGGUGCAGAUGAUUGAGCAUUUUGUACCUGACACUCAAAGGAAGAGCAUUCAGCAGUGUCAGCACAAAAGAACUUGGAAGGGAAUUGAGUGGACCCCUCACAACUUUACUUUCCGCUAUAUGCUUUCAAAAGAGUUGGCUUAACAAUGUCUUAGCAUAAUAAAUGCUCAAGAUUCAUAGUAUGUGGCAGGUAUUCCAGAUUGUUUUAGCCUUUAUGGCUAUUUUUGUUCCUCUAUAUGUGAGCAACUGCAGCUAGCUUAGUUAGUUCAGAAUGACAGUUGAACAUAGCUGAACCUUGGCAAGAAAAACGAAUGGUAAUGGUGAUCAAAGAAGGUCAAGAUUUUUGAGCUUGAGAAUAUCUAAAAAAUACAUCAAACGAAUUGUUUUUUGGAUCAGAAGAAAUUUCAAACUUGAGCUUAUUUGAUCACCAGUCUUUGUUGAGUGGAGAGGAUGUGUGAUUUGGCUGUCAUUCCCAGUCAUCUUGGCAAGUUCUUUUGACAGGUAUUCAUGUACAAACAAAUGAAAGCAGUGAGGGAUAGGUUGAUAGAGUGGUAGCAUGUAGUUAUUGUAAUAUGAUUGUUAUUUGGCUGGAUUUUGUAAUGUAAAGUAUCUCAUUAGUGUUCAGAAAGAUAUCUUGAUGCUGUCUGGCUAUUUUUCAUA